AUGGAUGAUAGUAGCUCUAGCAAGAGAAAGCCUGAAGCGCAGCGAGAGGGUGAGAGCAGCGCCAAGAGGCUCAAUGUCACCUUGGGGCUGGAGUCCCUUGACUGCCCCAUCUGCUUUGUGCCCCUCAGUCCUCCGAUAUUCCAGUGCUCCGUGGGGCAUUUCAUAUGCGAGGAUUGCUGCGCGGAUCGAUUGAACAACAAGUGCCACUUAUGCUCUCUAGAAACUUCAUUUGAGCGCUGCUUUGGGAUGGAACAUGUCGUCCAGUCGGUCACAGUAGGUUGCUCCAAUGACAAGUAUGGAUGUGCAGAGAAGGUCACCUACUACAAGAAAGAAGAACACAAGAAGGCAUGCACGUAUGCCCCAUGCUUCUGCCCAGAGUCGGGUUGUGGCUUCGCUGGACCAACAAAGGUGCUCCUGGACCAUUUCACCACCCAGCACAAGUGUCCGUCGACAACCCUCCCAGACUCUGGCAUGCUGUCUCUCUGCUUACAGCCGGGCUUACAUGUUGUGAAGUGCACCGGGAACAACUACUUUUUCUUGCUCAGCAUGGCAUCAGAGCCUUACGGACAUGCCAUCUCAGUCGUCUGCGUCCAACCAAACAUGACAGAAUCCAAGUUCACAUGUAAUAUGAGUUACGACUGCAUAACGACGGGCUGUUGUGGAUGUACAAGCUGCCACAUAAGAAGCUCUUCACUCUCUGAUGGGCUUCCGACAGUGUAUGACUUGAUACUUCCCAAGGGAAAGGUUUCUGAUGAUGCAAACGGUUCAUGCUUAGAGCCAGCAUUCAUCAUCAACCUUUAA